AGGUCCCGCGCAUGCGCAGCGGCGCGCUCCGACGAAAUUCGAAUGCGCCGCGAGGACGCGCGCGCGCGCGCCGCCACACCGAAGCGUAGACGUCGAAAACCGAUCAGCGAUCCCGAUCGUCGCCCGUAGGUGAUUCGUAUUCGAUUCAGGUACGCCCGAUUUGAGCGAUUGUGUUAAAUCGAGGAACGAUCAGAACGUCAUUAGCGUCACGCUGUGAGAAUUCGGAAAAGUAGGUUCGAAUUUGCGAUUUAACAGUGAUUACGUCAUGGAUUAAAACGAACUCGCAAUUUUGCAAAUAAUCGGAGGUCACGUGACUCGGCCUACUUUUCAGAUAACAAUAAGUGAAUCAUUUUACACCGCGGCAUUGAACUUCCGGCAUGGCGAUUACCACGGACAUCAAAUUGUCGCGAUGCAACGGUCAACCGUGGGGCAUUCGGUUCUCCGGAGGUGUAGACUUUGCGUUUCCCUUAACCGCUGUUAAGACGCGAAGAAUGUGCCACAAUUAUGCAGCCACAAAGAACAGACUUAUCAAUACUCGCUCAACUGAAAAACUCCAACUCGAAAAAAUACUCUAAUUUAGAAACUCAAGCAUGCAUUCAAACUGUCUCAAAUGGAAUAGACAACAAAAACAAAACAAAACACUUGACGAACAACUGUGUUAUCGUGGCGAUCGGGAGUCUCGCCCAUACAGCUGGCUUGCAAGCGGGUGAUAUAAUUGUCAGGCUGAAUGGGGAGCCAAUAAGUCAACUCACACACGCGCAGGCCCACAAUAAGCUCGUCAGCGCCGGCGACGACGUCGUUCUAUCUGUCAUGCGAAGUCACGAGAUCGCGCAACGGCAACAGUAAUUACGCCCUUCCUUCGAUGGAUCGCGUUUCCCCACGAGUUUAAUCGAGCUUCAGCACUUUCCGACGUGCGACGUCAACCUUCCGCGAGUGAAAGAUAUCGACGUACGCCGCGUGAAUGCGAUCCGAGCAGAGAAACGAGUAGACAAUGCGAAUGGACGACACGUUGUAACAGAAGAGGCUGGAAUAAAAUGAUGGGAAAAAACAAAA